CGAGUCCCCGAGUCCGGGGCGCUGCCGGGGGCGGCCGAGGAUGAAGAUCUGGAGCUCGGAGCACGUGUUCGGCCACCCGUGGGACACGGUGAUCAAGGCGGCCAUGCGGAAGUACCCGAACCCCAUGAACCCGUGCGUGGUGGGCGUGGACGUGCUGGAGCGCGGGGUGGACGGCCGCGGGCGCCUGCACAGCCUGCGUCUGCUCAGCACGGAGUGGGGGCUGCCCGGGCUCGGGCGCGCAAUUUUGGGAACCAGUAGGACUUUCACAUACGUCAAAGAGAGCUCUGUGGUGGACCCUGCAGAAAAGAAGAUGGAGCUUUGUUCCACCAAUAUCACACUCACCAAUCUGGUGUCCGUGAACGAGAGGUUGGUGUACACCCCUCAUCCCGAGAACCCUGAGAAGACUGUGCUGACCCAGGAGGCCAUCAUCACGGUGAAGGGGCUCAGCCUCGGGAGCUACCUGGAGAGCCUCGUGGCCAACACGAUAUCAUGCAAUGCGCGGAAGGGCUGGGCUGCUAUCGAGUGGAUAAUCGAACACUCUGAGAGCGCUGUCUGCUAACAGGUGUGCACCUGCGCCUUGGGACCACACGAUACCUCGCCAGAAUUUUGCAAAACCAAGGACAAGAGGAAAUAUGGAGAAAGGAAAGGAAGUGUGGAUGUGCUUCUGCCCAGGCUGGGAAAGGCCCGUGGAAUGUGCUGGAAUCCACAGCCCAUGGCGAGGUCCAGCACCAGGAACGAGGUGCAGCAGCAGCCACACAACCACCUCAUCCCGGGCCACUCCCCUCCCGUUCCGAUUGUUCUCGACUGUUCUUGUGCCUUUGCUGAGCUCGGCUGGAAGAGGCCUUGUCGGGCUCUCCCGCGGGCUGGCGGGCCGGGCUGCCUGGCUGCUGUCACCGCCGUCCCUGCGGAAGGAAGUCAGGAGGCCCCGGGCGGCUCUGCUCUGGUCUCCGGGUCCCUGGGGGAGGACGUGGCCUCCCCAGCAGCCGCCCUGCCCUGAGCUCUGCACGGCGGCUCCGCGGCCAGGGGAACUUUGUGCCAACCCAAGGUAUCUUCUCUCUAGAGUGGCUCUGACAAGAGUCACCCACCUCAGGGAGCGGGGCUGGCGCCCCAGGACCUACCUGCCCUCUGUAGACUGUAACCCCUGUCUAGUGUGUCCCCCUCCCCGCCCCGGUCCUGGGACACCUGGCACGGACUCCGUGCCUGCAGGAGCGCUCUGCCAAUCACCUCCCUAGGUCACCUGCUGCUGGGGGGGGGGGGGGUGCCAAGAGGCCUCAGUUUCCCAUUGUGUUCCUGAUUUGCUUCUAGUUUUAUGGCAUUUUGGGGCCAAGGACAAAUGCCGUUCCCCUGCUAAUGUGUUUAAAUCAAGUACUAGUUGAGAUAACACUAGUUAAAAAAGAACAGCCCAUGUUUGCGGCUUGAGAAGGUGCAGGACUCCUGAGCUGUAAAGGCCUCUUCUCCUACCAACCAACUCCCUAUUUCUACCAAACCUCCCACAAA